GCACGCUCCCUUCUCGCACCGUGGGGUACCUCACUGUCGCCUUUUGCUCUCUCACCACCGUUACCAACCAUAAAAUUCAGACCCCCUGCACAGAGUAAACAAGGUUGGUUACCGAAACCCAUUCACCUUGUGCGGGCUAGAAGCCGCCACUGCUUUAUGUCGCCUUCCUAAUCUCUCGCCUUCGGGCUCGGCGCUACCUCUCUGGUUUGUAUAAAUCCCCCACUGCGAUCAACUUAGGAUCCCCUUCCCGCGCACUACCUACUACAAGUACAUCCUAAUAACAAGGCACGUUAUCACCAGAUCCCUCAAAUUUUUUAUUGUAGUGAGCCACCAUGACACCUAUCCCACGGAACCAUACCAAAACCUGGGCACAAGACUUCGGCGGUCAACCUCACCCGGAAGACGGCGGAGCGAGUGGCGGCGACAGCGAAAGCCCGUUAGCGAUAGUGGGAAUCGUUGUAGCUUGCCUUACUUUGUUUGUUGGGAUUUGGUCUCUCCGAAACCAACGGUUCCGUAGAUGGACGUCCCGCUUAUUAACUUGGGGCCCAAUCAGGGUAGGCCCGCUCCCCCCUUGCCCCCCUUGAGCGCAUUUUAAGAGUACACGCUUAGUUUUACAAUCCCACAUAGAAAGCUCCUGGAACCACCUCACCAGACCCUGCCCCGACACCUGCCACUAUUAAGGAGGAUUCGAGCGCCAUCAAAAUUGCGGAGACUCCUAAACCCGCAUCUGUCUUGAUUUUCACCGUCAUUGCCGAUGCCUACCCUGCUAGCACACAUUCUGGUGUCCCACCAUACAGCCCCACUGACAUCAUCGGAGAGGAUUCUGGAGCACCGCAAGCAGAGGAAUUUCUAGAGCCGAAAAAACCCGAGCCAGCAGCUACUGGGUCGUUUCCACGAGGACAGUCAGUUCCUCUGGUUGUAAUACCCGGAGAAUGUGGUUCUUUGCUACGUAUGUAUAGGAAUUCCUAACCGCCCAUUUGCCUUACUUACAGCGCGUACACUAUAUCCCCAUUUACUUUAACAUUGCUAACAUUCCCUAUCAUAUAGCAAGGGUAAUUUUUAUUCACCUCUGAUUGUGAGAAGAGGCGAGGCGCUAUAUCACAUGGGCCAAUUUCUGUUACUGGGUUACGGUAGCACUCCAGCGAAACGAUAUACCAUCUAAAACACUUGCGUAAUCUCCGCUCCCGAAUCUCCUCUUGGCUCUUAUGCACACCACCGUAAUAACUCAAAAAAGAGAAAGGCGUACUAUCUCCUUGGAGUUGCCCCUCCGGUAUACUCUGCCACUUUUGUAUUUUAUGUCUCCUUUUUUUUUUUGCGGUGUUUUUCACUCCUUUUCCAAAGUUCGGAAUUCUCGACUAUUCAGCUCACCGUUCUCUCACCUAUGUUAAUAAGGCGGUAGUCCCUAACUGCACUCUUCCUCAAAUGUUUUUUUUUUCGAAAGGAGAGCCCACUCCGAGGACUAGUUGGCUACGGCGGAGCGUAUGUAUAUACCACAGUUCGUUUCUGUCAGGAAAAUGCGGUGGAAAACGUUUCUUUAAUAAUUAUGGACAGGGUGAAGGAAUCCUCAAAGUUAUAGCAUAUAUUGUGGGGAAUAUGGAAGAGGGUAUUUCAGCGACUAUGAGAAACGGAGGAAAGCUACACUCCGGAGGCAGGAAAGUACGAGAAAUCUAAGCUUCAAUUCUCAGUUACUCGUCCCAGGGAAGGAAGUAUUCGAAAACAUUGAUUCCCAAAACAGAUGGCGCGAAAUCUGUGCGCAUCGCAAACUCAUCGUUAGUAUUUUCGGAUACCUCCCGCCCGGGGCGGGUAUACAAAAGCAAUAAAUAAAAAAACCGGAUUGUCGAGUGAAAAUUGUUAGCAUAACUACAGGUAGGGAACGCCGAUAGCAGUACGUCGACGCCUGAUAGAACGGAAUCGGGGAUUCGGAAGGAGAGGAAAGACAGCGAUGUCAACGAGAUUGCCGACAAUCCAAGAAGGAGAUGCAAGCGAUUUUUGGGAGGAAUAAGCCACUGAUGGCUAUAUAGGUGAGUCUGGGGGAUGCCGAGGGGCGACGCGUAGCAGUUCCUACGGAUGUCAGGAAAGAAUAUCCUGCGUAGAGUUCGUUACGGGGCCUCCGGGGUCCCGAAAACUGCAGGUCCCUGCCCCUGUUCCCCACCCCGCCCCGGCGGUUGGCCCGGGGCGGGGCCUAUUUUCUCCUCCAUUCCCUCCCCCGCCCGAUACGGCCCCCCGUGGCCGUAACGGGGCGGGGAGAAACCGCGGAAAGCCGCCCCGCCCCGCCCCGUAACGAACACUAAUCCUGCGGAGUUUAAGACAUGCUAGGGGUUGUGGAUUUGUCGGCUUUCGAGAGCUUCACGACGCCUUCAUAGCGACUCUUAGGAGCCCAUGAGGGUGAUGUAGUACCGCCCUUGCCUGGCUCGUUGAGGUUGAUGCCGCCGCUUCCUAACAGCAGCUUCACCACUUCACCAUACCCCUUCCAACAAGCCAACCAAAGCAGUUUCCGUGCCUAAUUGUGUAGCCUUCCGGGACUGACAUCCCCCCGUUCCAAUAGAAACUUCGCAAUUCCCUCAUGCGCAUUCCUGGUGCCCCACAAGACCGGUGUUGCGCCAAAAUUGUCUGGCAUAUAGGGUAGAGGUCCCCCACAUUCCCGGCAGCGAACGAGGGCGGUGUCUGGCCACGAGGGUCCGGCAUAUCGGGGUUGACGCCCUUCCGUUCCAACAGCCACUUCACUGCUCCAU